UGCGUCAGAGCAGUCAUGGUCCUCACCAGGAAACGUGCUUCCCAUGCGAAGACUGUGGCAACCCAGACAGAGGGUCUGCUUAAUGAUGUGGCGGUUCAGGUCUCUGGCUGCCGGGAGUGCCUCAGCCUGCUGCUGCCGGGGGAGGAUGGGAAGGAUGCCACUUGUGUGCGGUGUGAGCAGCUGGAUGAGCUGCUCAACCUGGUGGUGGAGCUUAGGGAGGAGUCAAACAGGGAGAGACAGCUUGAGAGAAGAUGAGGAAUGGCAGCUGGUCUCAUCCCGGCGUCGCAGGCAACCCCCAAGUUCUCGACCUACCUCGGUUCCCCUGAUCCCUCUCUGUAAUAGGUAUGAAACCCUGAAACCAGAGGGAGAGGUGACUGAUGAUAAUGUGGGAGCACUGCCGCCAAGCUUGCCUAAGGUGAGGCGGUCAGCUCCGCGUUUAAAGACUGCCUCCUCCAAGAAAGAAAGGAGAGUGGUAGUUGUAGGUGACUCUCUUCUGAGAGGAACAGAGGGUCCAAUAUGUCGUCCUGACCCUACCCGUAGGGAGGUGUGCUGCCUUCCUGCAGCCCGGGUCAGGGAUAUUUCUAGAAAACUCCCCAGCCUUAUCCGCCCCUCUGAUUAUUAUCCUCUAUUGAUAGUUCAGGCCGGCAGUGAUGAGAUCCCUGUUAGAAGCCUGAGGAUUAUAAAAAAUGAUUUUAGGAGACUGGGGAAGUUAGUUGAUGGAGCGGGCAUACAAGUAGUGUUUGCCAGCAUUCCCUUGGUGACAGGGAUGAACGCUGAGAUGACCAGGAAAAGCCAUCUUAUAAAUGCAUGGCUGAGAGGCUGGUGCAAGCGUAAAAAUUUUGGAUUCUUUGAUCAUGGGGUGGUCUAUUCGGCAUCUGGCCUGAGGUCUGAUGAUGGGAAUUGCUUGUCUCCAAAAGGGAGACGGAUACUUGCCCAGGAGCUGGCGGGACUUGUAGAGAGGGCUUUAAACUAG